AUGGCGUUGGUGCGGAGAAAAGCUUCCAUGACCCCGGAAGAGUAUAGCCGCCAUUGGCGAGAAGUACACGCGCCCAUAGUAUCCCCUUGGCUGGCGAAGCAUGGGGUCCUCAAAUAUCGACAGGUCCACAUUAACCCCGAUUCAAACAAGAUUAUGAAUGGCAACGCCCACGGGGGAAAUGCCCACGGUGGGACUUUGAAAGUCAUCGACAAAGAUCUUGGGUUCGAUGGAAUUUUAGAAGUACAGGUCCCGUCUUGGGAAAGUUUUAGGAAAGCGCUGGAAGAUCCUUAUUACGUGGAAGUGGUCCGCCCAGACGAGCAGAAGUUCUUCGACGAAAAGCAAAUUGUCUGGUCUCUCGGGUCAGAUUAUACCGGAGUGGACGGAGGUAAAGCACUCGUAGGAGUCGAAGUAUGA